UGAGAUUUGGACAGCGCCUCUGUCAAACCUCGUCAAGGUCAUGAUCGUGCUGUCGUCUCAUGAGCUGGGCUAAGAAAUACAUGUUUUGGAUCUUCAAGGGGUCCAAAAAGUCCAUUGUUGAUCAACUAGAGGACAUUGAUGAUGAAAUUUUGGAACUGGAAAGUGAUCGGUCUAACAGUAUAGACUCAGAAAAACAAUUCGUUUUCCGACUGAUUUUCUACUCAUUCAUAUUCUUUGGCUUAAGUUUCAUAACAGUUUAUUACUACUACUGGCCAAGUACAGUAACUGGAAAAGUGGUGAUAUGUAUGAUAUUUGCUGUAUAUCCUUUUUGUGUAUAUUUCCUGAAGUAUAUCUUUCGGAUUAUGUUCACUAGACGCGUAAAUAAGACGAAUGAAAAACUAAAAAAGCUCCGGGCUGAUAAACAAAAAUUGUUAGAAGAGGUGAUGGAAAAGGAGACGUUCAACAAGGCCCAACAGAUCCUCAAACGUUUUGAUCCAUUAACAUUUGCUUCUAUAGCUGUUGAGCAGGAAAAGAAGACCCCCAAACCGGUUUUUGGAUCGAUGAUUAACCUCGUUACUCCUCAUUCCGAAGUACGCCGUAGGAAUAAUUCGGGGGAUAAACAUUUAACUCCAGGAUUCUUAGGUUCAAGUUUAACUGCACAGUCGAGUACCCCUAUGGUCGGGAGUAAUCAAACACUGUAUUCUAAAAAACCGCGGUUAUUAAGACCGCUUUUACCUAGAGAACGUUCAAUUAUUGAUAAAGUUUUAGAUGCAUUAGUUGGUGAUGGUCCCGAUAAACGAUUUGCACUAAUUUGUAAUGAAUGUUCAUCACACAAUGGAAUGGCAUUACAGGAAGAAUUUGAAUAUUUAGCAUUUCGUUGUUGUUAUUGUAAUCAUUUUAAUCCAGCACGUAGUACACGAUUGAAGACAGGAUUAUCAACAGAAAAUAUAGAGAAUACAAAUGAUUUGUUAAAUAAUUCAAAAACAACACCUUGUUUACUAUCAACUAAAUCAAAUCUUAAAAGAAUGAAUGAAGAAAUUCAAAAAAGUUCAACAACUAAUUUAUAUAGUCAUGAUAGUGAUAAUGAUAGUGUUCUUGGUAAUAAUGAGACUGUAGUUUGUGAUUCUCCUGAAAUCUCAACUAAUACAUUUAAUGAACAAUUGAAUUUAAAAGAUAGCGCUGAUGUGGAUAAGUUUAGAGAGUCCAUGGAAUAAACCAUCGGGUUCAGGAAGAGAGAUCUAUGCAUCAUACAUGACUGCAAUGCGUCUUUUUCUUCUUAUAUGUAACCAUAGUUCUUUAUUUGAAGAGAAAAACUAUAUUCCAGUUUAUCUUGAUUUCCAGUUCAUAACUCAUUUAAUUGCUUGUUAGGCCUGUUCAUGUUUUACUUAAUCGAGUAUGUAUAUACAUACACUGUGUAUCUCUUUAUGUUUACCUGUUUAUUGACUGUAAUCUGGAGAGUUUCCUGUUUCCUUCCUGUUCUCCACCUUUUUUUAAAAAAAAACAUAUACCUCCCUGUGUAUUAUCUUUGUAUUUUUAUAUGAAUUGUGAAGAUACCAAUUGAACUUCGAGUAGCUGUAUAUCUUUUUUGUUUGCUUGUUAGUGCUGUAUAUGUAUGUAGACAGAUUACUUGCUCUUUUUUUCAACCAAUCUUUCUCAUAUCAAUAUAUGUUAACUAAAUGUUUUCAAAGUAUUGCACUAAAUGCAAUUUGUAAUAAUAAUAUAUGGUUACAUAUACA